CCUUUUGGCUGAGCAGAAGGUUUCCUCAUGCCUGCCCAGGGGAGGUUUCUGCAUGAAACAUUCUGCUUCAGACUUCAGUUUCCUGCAGAGAGUUAAGGCAGGGAGCAGACCUCGUCCCGGCCCUGGCUCUAUGCCUCACCUCAUGCUCAUGUGCUCCUCCAGGCUGCCACUAAGCAGCGUCACGAGUCUGGGCCAGGUGGGAGAUUAAUUCUUGGGGGCACUUUAGGGCUGAGAAGGAAGAAAAGUAGCAGGUCCAGGGCCACCCACAGAGAGGCAGCUGCCAUCCUUGGUAGUUCCCACCUCCUAGGAGACGGUGGCAUAGAUGGUCAGGGCCCUGGCUGGAAAAGACAGCCUAAGGGGGACUGGGCAGAGGUGCCCUCUGUCAGAACCUAGCUUCAGCCUCUUAGCUCCUCCUCCUCCUCAUCACUGCCCUGAGCCCGGAAACAUACAAGACACUUCACACUCGUGCUCCGCAGCAAGAGUCCACCCCUCCAGACUUUGACCUUCCCUGUAGCUAGUGUAGGAGCCUGGGAAGGCUGGGAGCAAAGUCUCUUAAACAGACGAAAAAGCUACCGCUUCUCAGGCUGUGUGCCUGCCUGCUUUCCCCAGAGUCUAGGCUGCCAUCUGCAGGGCAUUGCCUCUGACCAUGUGGCUGCCUCUGCUUCUGGGGGCCGCGCUGUGGGCCGCGCUGUGGUUGCUCAGAGACCGGCAGAGACUCCCUGCCAGCAACGCUUUCAUCUUCAUCACUGGCUGUGACUCAGGCUUUGGACGUCUUCUGGCACUGCAACUUGACCAGAAAGGCUUCCAAGUCCUGGCCAGCUGCCUGACCCCCUCUGGGGCAGAAGACCUACAGCAGAUGGCCUCCCCCCGCCUCCACACAACACUGCUGGACAUCACUGAUCCCCAGAACGUCCAGCAGGUUGCCAAGUGGGUGAAGACACAGGUUGGAGAAGCUGGGCUUUUUGGUCUGGUGAAUAAUGCUGGUGUGGCUGGUGUCAUAGGGCCUACACCAUGGCUGACACAGGAUGAUUUCCAACGCGUGCUGAAUGUGAACACGCUCGGUCCCAUUGGGGUCACUCUUGCCCUACUGCCCCUGCUACAGCAGGCCCGAGGCCGGGUGGUCAACAUCACCAGUGUCCUGGGUCGUCUGGCAGCCAGCGGUGGCGGCUACUGUGUCUCCAAGUUUGGCCUGGAGGCCUUCUCUGAUAGCCUGAGGCGGGACAUGGCUCCAUUUGGAGUACAAGUCUCUAUUGUGGAGCCUGGCUUCUUCCAAACCCCUGUGACCAACCUGGAGAGUCUGGAGAACACCCUGAAGGCUUGUUGGGCCCGGCUACCACCGUCUACACAGGCCCACUAUGGGGAAGCCUUCCUCGAUUCUUAUACAGAUCUCCAAGUACAGCGUCGCAUUAUGAACCGGAUCUGUGACCCAGACCUAACGAAGGUGAUCAGCUGCCUGGAACACGCCCUAACUGCUCGUCACCCCCGAACACGCUACAGCCCAGGCUGGGAUGCCAAGCUGCUCUGGCUGCCUGCCUCCUACCUUCCAGCCAGCCUGGUGGAUGCUGUGCUCACAUGGGUCCUUCCCCAGCCCGCCCCGUCAGUCUACUGAUUCCAGCUUUUCAGCAAGAGGCUCCUGGCACAAAGUCGGCUCUCCAUAAAUAUGUAUUGCUUUAAGAAAAAGUAGAUGGGCAUAAAUGAAGGUACCUGUGGAAGCCUGACAAAAUUUCAAAUUUCUAAAAAUCCUGAAGCUGCCUAGGGCAGGAACUCUCAGGCCUCUUUAGUGCCUGCAAAAAUUCUGUUGUCCACUGGGGGGUGUAAGGAACUAUCUUGCACUUAAAGAUGACUUUUGGAGCUGCACUUGGAGAGAUGGCCACCAGAGAGCACUUUCGUCCGCUUUUUCUACAUGGAGUAGUGAGAAUUCGUUUUGCACCUGGCAAGGCAUUAGCUAAUGUUUCUGGGAUGAAAAUGGUCAGAGCCCAAUUAGGUGACUUCCAUGGAAGAAGGAAAUACUUAAAUUCCCAUUAUCUAAGACAAGAAUCAGGGGCACUGGCCAUACAAAUCUUAAACAACAUAACCAUCUGACAGUUGCCAGGUCUCCUUAAGGACUGAGGGGCAAGUUUGCCGGCCCUCAAGGCAUCAGAAGGCCAAAAAGUUAUCCAAAAUAGACAUGGGUCAGGUUUUACCACGUUGGCCCGUUGUGGGAACCCCUCUGACUUACACAGGAGAUGGCCUCAAUACACGCUCCAGGAACACUUAAGGCACACAAAACCAGGCGUCAGGGAGGGCGCUCAGACAUGUCCCCCUUGAUCUCCCACCAACAAAACACCCCUUUCCCAAACCCCCAAAUGACCUGCCUAUUGCAAGGGCAGGGACAGGGAGAAGGAAAAGGAAGGGGCCAUCCAUCACUAAGAUAAACGGAGACCAUCUCCUUUUUAGGUCUGAAAAAAUAAUCCGUUUAAUUGAAAAAUCUGGAGAAUCCACUUCCUUAGAUGAAAAGAUGAAAGAGACCAGACCCCCCUACAUUACUUCAUAGCCACUCCGAAUACUUUUCACCAGACAGCAAGAGAAGAUAAUUCCCAGGACCUACAAGGAAAGACAGAAAUGAGGGUGGAGAGGCAGGGCAAGCUUCCCCAGACCCAUCCAAGGCCUCUCUUCCCAGGCCAGCCCCUCCUGCUCCCCAGGUACCCUGGGCUGAUUCAGACCCCCAACCCACAGCAUUUCUUACCUCCACAAAAGCAAUGCCCAGGGCUGCUGCAGCCACCAGCAAUAUAUUCUUCCUCAGCCAGACCCCUAUGGUCUCCACACAGCCCUGAAGGGAAGAGACAAGCAUGAAUACCAACAGAAAGAAACUUCCUGCUUACCUCCCCACCUCUCUUCCGGACCUGUCUCCUUCCCCCAGCCCCUUCUCCCCAGAGCUCAUCCCCAACCUGAUCCCGUCAGCAUCUCUCCUGCCUCCUGAAACAUUUCCCAGGUCUCCCUAGACCAAUGUCUUCUCCCUACCUCAGUGUGGAUCGUGGUUGUGUUGAAGUCAGCUCCACAGCCCACGGUGAAGUUGAGGCAGCAAGAGUCAGGGACCCGGUCCUUGGGCAUACCAGUGAUGUUUUCCCAGUCUGUGUAGUUGUUAGCCCCACAGCACUUAAACUAGGGUGAGGGGGGAAGGGAGGAGAGGUUGCCACAUCCAAACGCCACUUAAAUCAGAAACAGGAAUCUUCCCAGCCUUCCCACUCACUUCUUUCUGCCAGCCGUCCAGAACCAAGGCUGUUUUGUUGUCUUUAAGGUAAUUUUGCAUCUGAUGACGGAAGUUCUUACUAAACUCUGACUUCACCUAAGAGUAGAGAAGCAGAUUGCUGAGAGCGAAUUCAGGCCCUAGAGCCCCAGAAUAACCGGAGACAGGGUUCCCCUUCCUCCCUGCUUACCUUGUCUCUAAACACAUAGCCAGCAAUGGCUACCGCCACCUCCACAAGCAUGAUAAGAGACAGGAAGAUGGCAAACUGUAGGAGCACAGGACAGGAGUUGGGAUUGAGGUCUGGAUUGAAAGGGCUUGCUCUGGCCCAGUCAAUUCCAGGGACACUCCUUGUGUUCCUGGCCCACCCACCUCCCCACAAAAAUGCCCUCUGGUAGCCCAGGAGUCACAGUGUCCCCGCCCCACUCACUGUAAUCAUAAGACAGUGUCCCCGCCCCACUCACUGUAAUCAUAAGACAGUAGUUCUCCCUGCAGGCCCCGCAGCAGCCCACAAAGGCUACCAGGAAGAGGAAGGCGCCCACUGCGAUGAUGACCACAGGCAACAGGGAGCCAGGCGUAGUCUCACGGGUGAUGGUCUCAUUCAAGACAACCUGAACUGCUACACCAAUGGCAGUCAAUCCCACGGCACAGGC